AUGGCCGAAACCACACGGCCCGUAGGCCUACUUUUCGACAUUGGUGGAGUCUGCGUCCUCUCCCCGUUUCAAGCUAUUCUCGACUACGAAAUCGCCAACAAAAUCCCCCCAGGAUGGGUAAACUUCAGUAUCUCCCGAUCUGCCCCCAGCGGCAGCUGGCACCGCCUAGAACGCGGCGAAAUCAAACUAGACGCCGACUUCUUCAAAGCAUUCAAUAAAGAUCUCAGCAACCCGGAUCUAUGGAAGAAAUUUCAUGAAACACUUCAGAAAAAGCAGUCUACUACUGGUGCUCCAUCAUCGUCAUCACCAUUACCCCCCCUCCCCCGACUGGACGCGGAGUUCCUUUUCUGGGAAAUGAUGCGGAUAUCCCGGACGCCGGACCCUUACAUGGCGCCUGCGCUCAAGAAAUUAAAGGCCUCGGGGAAGUUUGUCUUGGGGGCGCUGUCGAAUACGGUCGUUUUUCCCGAUGGGCAUCCCUACAAUGUGGAUGAGAGUGGAGUGAAGGGGCAGUUUGAUUUCUUCAUUUCGUCGGCGCAUACGGGGCUUAGAAAACCGCAACCGCAGAUCUAUGAAUUUGCGAUUCGGGAGAUGAACCGGUUGGCGCAGGAGAAGGGGUUAAGGGAGGUUGGGGCCUCGGACAUUGUUUUCUUCGAUGAUAUUGGGGAGAAUUUGAAGGGCGCUAAGAAAGCGGGAAUGAGGACGGUUAAGGUGAAUUUGGGACGGACCCAAGACGCUGUCAAGGAAUUGGAGAAGAUUACGGGGCUUUCAUUGUUGGAGGGAUCCGAUCGGGCGAGAUUAUGCUGCAAGGUUGCUAUAUUUACUUCUGUCACUGCUGUUUCUGGAUCGAGAGUCUUCCACAAAAGUCAUCCCACCAAUUUCCCUUUUCUUUUUUUCUUCAGCCAACAUCGACAACUCGGUUCUCAACGGCAAACAGUCAAAAUGCCCUUCCACAAGCUCGUCAAGAACAGCGCUUACUACAGCCGCUACCAGACCAAGUACCGCCGUCGCAGAGAGGGCAAGACUGAUUACUAUGCCCGUAAGCGCCUGAUCACCCAGGCCAAGAACAAGUACAACGCCCCCAAGUACCGCCUCGUUGUCCGCUUCACCAACCGCGACAUCAUCACCCAGAUCGUCUACUCUGAGAUCUCUGGUGACAAGGUCUUCGCCAGCGCUUACGCCCACGAGCUCAAGCGCUAUGGCAUCACCAACGGUCUGACCAACUGGGCUGCCGCUUACGCCACCGGUCUCCUCCUUGCCCGCCGUACCCUCAAGAAGCUGGGCAUUGACGAGCAGUUCACCGGUGUUGAGGAGGCUGAUGGUGAGUACGCUCUCACCGAGGCCGUUGAGACCGAUGACGGUGAGCGCCGUCCCUUCAAGGCCUUCCUUGAUGUCGGUCUUGCCCGUACUUCCACCGGUGCCCGUGUCUUCGCUGCCAUGAAGGGUGCCUCCGACGGUGGUAUCCUCGUCCCCCACUCCGAGAACCGCUUCCCCGGUUUCGACAUUGAGACCGAGGAGCUCGAUGCCGAGACCCUCCGCAACUACAUCUUCGGUGGUCACGUCGCUGAGUACAUGGAGGGUCUUGCCGACGAUGAUGAGGAGCGUUACCGCGGCCAGUUCCACAAGUACCUUGAGAACGAGGUUGAGGCCGGUGACAUCGAGGACCUCUACACUGAGGCCCACAAGGCCAUCCGUGAGGACCCCUUCAAGAAGGAUGAGGAUGAGGGCUCCAAGAAGACCAAGGAGGAGUGGAAGGCCGAGAGCAAGAAGUUCCAGAAGAAGAAGCUCACCCACGCCGAGCGCAAGGCUCGCGUUGAGCAGAAGAUCCGUGAGCUUGCUGCUUAA